AUGUCCUCCUCCGAGACUACUCCCCUGCUACAUGAGAGGGGCUCCUCGCCCGCCCCGCGGACGGACUACCGCACGCUGAGUCUCGUGGUGGGUGCCGUUAUCUUCCUGGCCAAAUUCGCCGAUGAGCUGCUGAAAGCCCCCAUGCUCGAUGCACUCGAACUGGCUGUGUGCCAGCGCUCCAGCCCAACAACGCCGUGUGAUGGGACGUCUGUGGGACCGGUCGUGGCCAGUCUACGGGGCAUGGCGGGCAUGUUGGACGCACUGCCCGGAUUGACGGUGGGAUACGUGUAUGGGUCCCUCUCCCGCAACUGGGGUAAGCGGACCGUGCUACUCCUGGCCACCUUGGGCAUGGCGUUGGAAGUCGCAUGGUUCGUGUUGGUCUGCGCUCAACCUUCCAUCUUCCCUCCUUCGGCUGUCUUGGGUGGCUUCGCAUUUCUAUUCAUUGGCGGGGGGCCGCAGGUCUUCAAUGCCCUUCUUCUGACGAUUCUUGCUGAAGUGGUUCCCAACACCGAGCAAACGGCCUUCUUCUGGCGCGCCGGGGCUGCCGGGCUGGUGGCUACCUUCAUUGCGCCGCCUGCAUCCGGGGCAAUGAUGAGCGCCUUGCCGGCAGUGGUGGUGUGCGGGGUCGGAGUCGCGAUAUUUUCGCUCUUGUUUCCCCUCAUUCUCUGUCUUCCUGGCACCACCGCAGCAGCGACGCAGGUGGAGAGGGUGGCUGCUGGCGAGCAUGCACAACCCCCCAAGUCCAUCCUUCAAUCGAUCCGGUCCGGCUGGAAGGAGAAUACAAGUCUUAUUUCCGGGCUUCUCUCUCACGGGGGCAUAAUCCGGUCUGCUGCAUUUGCGGAUCUGGUCUCGACGCUUGCCCCGAACAUUAUGGUCAUCCUGCUCCAGCAUAUGUCGAAUCGAUUUGGCUGGAGCCAUGCAGAGGGAACGCUCAUCUAUAGUAUCAAGGGGGGCAUUAGCCUGUUUCUGUUUACAGUGGGACUCCCUUGGAUCCAUCGAUAUCUGACACACCGACUGCGUCUCUCCAGCCCGUGGCCUGAUCUCUGGAUGUCGCGAGCUCUCAUUAUCUUUCUUUUGGGAGGAUCCUUCUUAAUUGGUGUCGCUCAGACUGCAACCUGGGCCAUUACAGGUCUGGCCCUGUUUUCCUGUGGCACGGGGAUCAGCAUGUCUCUCAAGUCUGCCAGCGUUAUUGGUCUCCCCAAGGACCAGGUUGCUCGUCUAUAUACCGGACUCGCCGCCGUGGAGACCUUGGGGGCGAUUUUGGGCAGUCCUUUAUUGUCCUGGGUGUAUGCGGCGAGUCUGCAUGCCCACAAUCCCGCCUUCGAAGGGGCCCCUUUCCUCCUCUCAUCGCUGGCCUAUUCUGCCGCUGCUAUUGCGAUCUGGACCGUGUCAGUACGUUAA